CCUUUCCCCUCUCCCCGGGCUCCCUUUCCCCUCAUCCCGGGCUCUCUUUCCCCUCAUCCCCUCACCCCGGGCUCCCUUUCCCCUCACCCCGGGCUCCCUUUCCCCUCAUCCCCUCACCCCGGGCUCCCUUUCCCCUCAGCCCGGGCUCCCUUUCCCCUCAGCCCGUCCCGCCUCCGCGGGAGGCCGGCGGGGGCGAUCCCGGCCCGUGCCGCGGCUCCGGGCGGGCCGGUCCCGCCCAUGGCUGAGGCGGAGGCGGCGGCGGGCGCUGGCCGCGGUGCCGCUCGGAGCGGGCAGCGUUCCCCCAUGGCUGUGUACAUGUGCCGGGCCGUGCUGCCGGCCCACGCCGGGCCCCGCGGGGAGCUGGGCGCGGGGCCGCUGCUGCGAUGGAUGGACGCCGCCGCCUGCCUCGCAGCUGAGAAGCACGCUGGGAUGUCCUGCGUGACGGCGUCCAUGGAUGACAUUCAGUUUGAAGAGGCUGCCAGGGUUGGACAAAUCAUUGCCAUCAGAACAAAGGUGAACAGAGCAUUCAAAACCAGCAUGGAGGUUGGCAUCAAGGUGACAGUACAGGAUGUUUUGACUAGUGCUGAAAAGACUGUGAGUGUGGCAUAUGCAACAUAUGUGGCCAAACCAGUUGGUGGUGGAAAGGUUGAGCUAAAACCUGUACAGCUUCUGUCUGCAGAAGACCACCUGGAGCACAGCCUGGCUAUUGAAAGGAGAAGAAUCCGUCUGGGCUACGUCCAGGUCUUUCAGAAGCUGAUGCAGGAGAGCAAUAAGGAAGACACUUGUGAAGAGAAAGAUGCAGUUUCAACUGAGCAUACUCAUGUUCAGAGCACUGAGCUUGUCCUGCCUCCUCAUGCAAACCAUCAUGGAAACACUUUUGGUGGCCAGAUCAUGGCUUGGAUGCAGACAGUGGCAAGCAUUUCAGCAAGCCGCCUGUGUCGUUCACACCCCAUCCUGAAGGCAGUUAACAUGUUCAAAUUCUGGGGGCCAUCCUUUGUGGGCGACCGCCUCGUCUUCAACGCCAUUGUCAACAACACUUUUCACAACAGUGUGGAGGUUGGUGUCCGUGUGGAGGCUUACAACUGUGAGGAGUGGAUCAAGGACCAGCCGCGGCACAUUAACAGUGCAUUCCUCAUUUUUAAUGCUUUGAAUGACAAAGGGGAGCUGCUCCCCUUCCCCAGGGUCAAGCCCACUGCUCAGGAUGGUGUGAGGAGGUACCACGGAGCUAUUGCCAGGAGGAGGAUUCGACUCACCAGAAAAUGCAUGCUAUCUGCUAAAGGAGACAAGCCCUCUGAUGCCUGGGAGACAAGCAACCAGGCAUAUUUGAGUUACAGCAACAUAGCUGCGCUGACACACCUGGCAGGAAAACCAGGGUGGGACAUAACCAAGAGUCUGGAUAACGUGAAAAUUUGGACCCAUGAGGAGGGUGCUGUGCUGUCAUUCAAGGUGGAGAUGCAGGUGAAGGUGCCAUCCCACGUGGCCUUCUCCCUCCUGUCCGACUUCAGCCUCCGCCAGCGCUGGGACAGACACUUCCUGACGUGCGAGGUCCUGCAGGCUGUGAGUGAAGAGGAGAAGAUCUACCACGUUACCUCUGCCCCCAUGACAGGCCACCAGCCCAGAGACUUUGUGAUUCUGGUGUCCCAAAGGCAGCCCUGCAGGCCACAGGAGCCCUACACGGUGGCUGUGAGGUCGGUGACCCUCAGGGCGGUGCCCCCGAGGCCGGAGUUCUGCAGGAGUGAAAUCCUCUGCGCUGGGUUCCAGAUCCACAGCGACAGCAGCAGCUCCUGCACUGUGUGUUACUUCAAUCAAGUGACAUCAGGAGUUACGCCUUACUUAGCUGCAAAUCUUACUGGCUCAUCAAAAUCCAUUGAAGACACUGCUUUGGAGUGUAUAAAGUUCUUGGAGCUGGAAGACAGCAAGUGCUGAAGUUAAAAACAGAUUUCUGAAGGGACAUCUGAAGAUUCUCAAGCAGUUCUGGUUGAAAUUCCUGCAAGGGUGUCGAUCUCUCUUCUGUAGGUGAUUUGCUUCAGAUCAUGUAGUCAGUAUUUGGCUUCAGCCUGAAAAUACCUGGUACAAGCAUUUUCUAUCAAACCAAGCUUAGGCCUUAGGCUCUAAAUUCAAUCUGUAAUUUAAAAAAGAUUAAGGAACAGAUUCUGCUUUUGAUUGCAUUAAUGAAUUUUAUAUAAAUGGAGGCAGAACUUGGCUCAGUAGAGCUGUAGUUCAUAAGAUUAUUUCACUAUUUUAAUGUUACAUUAAACAGAGUGGCACCCAGGCUAUUUUAAAAUACCAUCCCUUGUAAUCUGCAGAAACCAGUGCUACCAAGUAGCUUUGCCAGUGCUCUGACCUGGCCGUGCAGGUCCUCGCACACCAUUAUUUAUAAACUAAUGAGAGCUCAUGUAGAUUGGUGUUUGCUGAUGUCUGUACUUUAUGUCGAUUUACCUGUGACUCCCAAUAAAUUAUUGUUUCUGAG